UUGUUUGAAAAUUUAAGUGUCGUAUUCCUAUACUACAAAAAAAGUGUGAAAAAUGUGUUUGAAGUUAAAGCAGCUGAAAACGACGACGAGCACUGUUUCCACAAGGGUCUUCCAGUGAACCGCGUCAAAGUGCUGGAGGAUGAUGAUUUUAAGUAUAUCAAAGAACUAUGCGAAAAUCAUGCAGGAUGGAAUCUCGCAUACGAUAAACGAAUGGUGAAAGUGUGGACGAAAGCCGCGAAAGCAACAUUAUCAGACGUACCGGCCUCUGUGGCUUAUGAUGUGUUGCAUGACCCCUACUACAGGUCCAGCUGGGACAAGUAUCAUGUUGCGGCAAAAGAUAUAGGCAUAAUCAAUCCCAACAAUGAUGUCUGCUAUUACGCUGGUAUGUGUUUCAUUUUAGUCAGGUCACGAUCACGUUAGUU